GAUCAGAGAAUCACAAAGUCAGCAGGAAAGGCUGCAGAUGAUAGCGGAGAAAAGGAGACGUCAAGUUGAAAUUGAGAACAAGAGACGUCAGUUAGAAGAUGACCGGAGACAACUGCAGCAUCUUAAGUCUAAGGCUCUACGAGAGCGCUGGCUUCUUGAUGGAGCUCCAGCUUCUACCCCGGAGGAAGAUGAGGCCACGAGGAGACAGAUGCAAGAAGAUGAACUGAAGACCCGGGAGCUUGAGGACAACAUUCAGAGGUUGGAGGGAGAAAUUGAGUUUCUGGAAAGUGGGUUGUCCAGCACAUCCACCAAAGAGAGCCUAGCAGAAGAGAUGGCACAUUCAGAGCCUGAGAACCAAGACACUGUCAAAAUUCAAAAGACCAUAGUGAAUGUUGCCAGGGAUCAGAAUGCUAUACAGUCCCCGGCAAAGAAGACAGAUAGUCCAGAUAUGAUGAGAGCAGCCAUGUACUCUGUGGAGAUAACAGUAGAGAAGGACAGAAUCACAGGGGAGACUAAGGUCCUCUCUAGCAACACUGUGCUCCCCAAACAGCACCUGCUGCAGGGGGUCAAGGUGUAUGAAGAUGAACAGAAAGUUGUGCAUGCAGUAAGAUCCGAGGUGGCAGUUCCCAAUGAUACGGUUCACCCGCUGAGUUCCACAGAGGUGGAAGAGCUGAUCACAAAGGCAGAGGAAGCAACACUCAGUGAGAUUUCCUUAACCGCAGAUGAGAAGACCCAGAUCAAAAAAGCAUCUCCCCGCAAGGAGAUCCCUGGUGUGCAGGCUCGGCCUCCUCAGACAUCACCAGGCCCAGAACAACCAGUAACCAUGAUUUUCAUGGGCUAUCAGAAUGUGGAGGAUGAGAAUGAAACAAAGAAAGUUCUGGGUGUGGAAGAGGCUAUCACUGCGGAACUAGUCAUCAUUGGUGAUGGGGAUGCCCAACCAGCUGUUGAUGGAGACCUACAAGAAAAGGCUCAGCAUCCACCCAAUGGUGCUCCUGUAGAUACUCCCAAC